AUGGGUCAAAAAGCCAAAUAUCUAACGUUGGCAGAAAAAACAGCUGCAUUGCGCAGACAAAAGGCGAACUAUGCACAGUCUAAGAGGGGGAAAGCUACUCGUCGACUUCGACAUUCUCAAAACUAUGCCAAAGCACACAGUCGCAAAGGCUCGUCAAAGCCACCCCUAGCAUCAUCCCAGCUUCCACCCCUGCCUCGAGUUCUCAUCAAUCUAGCAAACGCCUCCCUUCCAGAUGGUGAUCUAUUUCGUUGCGCUUCCCAAAGUGCUGACAACCUCGAUGAAUCGGAGCUCCCACAAUGGGACAAUAAUCCCCCCUACGCUAUGCCUCCUCCAUCCGACACUCCAGCAGAGGUUCGAUUCACAGAAAACCUUGUGCAGGUCAUGCACGGCCGUAACUCACGCUUAGAGAAGGAGCAGCUACAACAACGUGCACGGAAGUACAAUGCAGGAAGGCCAGAUCUUUGUACAGAGUUGAAAUGUGCUAUUGGCGUGCUGCUGGGAGAGUGGUCGUUGCUCAGCGAAGCUAUCAAAGAGAUGAAGCUCCUUGCUCUGGAGGUGGACAAUACACAAGACCCAAUGACCGACACCCGAGGGCCUAUGAAUUGGUAUGAUCCAUACAUCCUUGGCCCAAUAUUUAGUCCGUGA